AUGACGAGUGAAUUUCAUGAUAUUCGGGGACAUGCUUUUACAAAGAAAUUUUUAGACGAAAACCGGUAUGAGUUUCAAGCAUCGGUCUUUCUUAAAUGGGCGAGUGCAAUAACAAACGAAUCUUUAAAUGAAUUGUCAGAUAUUUUUAAAGGGAAAUUUCUUUCAGUGUUUACACAGCUUAUUACAGGGAAAACAUUUGUUGCAAGCGGAUCACGUUCUGAAGACAUAUCAACUGUUUUCCAACUACUUGAUGAUGGAGAUCGAUUUGCUCAGAUAAAUAUUCUUGAUGUUACUGACGGAAAUCUCAAAGCGUUGUGCUCUGUUGUUUGGCAGUUUAUACAACUGUUUUGGAAACGAUUUGGCCCCGAGGAUGUUCGAGAUCAAAAGUUAUCAGAAGUCAUUAAAGAUUGGUGCUUGGAACGCACGAAGAAGUUUGAAGAAGUUCAAAUUACUGAUUUUACAUCAUCAUGGCGAGAUGGGUUCUCGUUGAAUGCGCUGUUAGCGUCGUAUAAUGCCAAAGCAAUCGCUAUGAAUGAAGUUAGAGAAAUGCGAGGUGAUGAAAGGCUUGAGCAUGCAAUGAGUGUUGCCGAACGUCGUUAUGGAGUUCCACGAUUACUUAUGCCAAAAGAUUUUGUUAGCGAGUAUUUGGAUAUGAAGUGCGUUGUGUGUUAUUUAAUGAUGAUUUAUUUGGCACUCGCUGCGAAAAAAACAAAAAUAUCUGUAUAUUUUGUUCAAUUUUUACAGAACGUUGAUGCACGUUCUCGGAAAUCAUCCAGUUCUAGCCAGAGGUCUGGGCGUAAGGGACGCAAGUGCCUAGAAGAAACCGUUGCUGAUUAUGAGUCUUGUCUGGAACAAGUUUUGACUUGGUUGCUAGAAGCUGAGGAACGUGCUAACAACAUGGAUCCAGUAGAAGAAAAAGAUGUUGAAUUAGUAAAAAUCCAGUUUCGAGAACACGAAAGCUUUAUGCAGUCCUUGACUGACAGUCAAGAUAGCGUUGGACGCGUUUUACAUCGGUAG